AGAAUUCGACCUCCUCUUAAAUUGCGCUCGGUAAUACCUUCGAUUCGACUAGACAGCUGGUUACUAAAAUGUUAUAGUUUUUGGGAAUCGGAGGAACUGAUUUUUCCGAGAUCAUUGUGUCGUCGGCUGGAAGGGGGACAAAGCUUGGAACUCAUGGAUGGCCGAGGGAUGCGUCAUGAAGCAUGACCGACAUAAACAUUAUAUACUCCAGUACCCAAUGAGAAAUUCCCCGAGGGAGACGGGAAGAAUGAGACAGAGAUUGAUGAAACGGAUGAUUGAAGGAUGCGCGAUGAGAUACCUCGGAAGAAUUAAUUGCGAUGAUGGGUCGACUCAAUGAGGGCUCACGAAUAUGUGCUGGUGGGUGACGUAAUACUGCGAAGUUAUGGAAGAAAUGGGGAGAACAAUAGCGCUGAGAGCUUGGCCUCGGCGGUCCCUUAAACCCUAACCCUAAAAUAGUGGUUUCUGAGUAUUGUAAGGUUUUAGAGGUGAUUCUUUACGGUAGAGAUCGGAGGAAAGCGACACCUCGUGUUGACACUGGAGUUCGAAACUGGAUCGGUCCCACGUUUCUUACGUGAAUGUAAUAUUUCUGAUCAUACAAGCGACUCAACGUGGUGUCGGUAGCUCGAAUGAAGACAGCGCCGAGCUGAUUCGGCUGAAAGAUUGUUUGGACCUUGAUGUUGUGAAUUAUGAGGGUCUUCAGAGUGGAUCCCAUGGCUUCACGCGUGUGGCAGGCUUGUGUCCGUAGGCUGACAACGCAGAGUGAAAUCACGCAGCACAAUAUUGGCAAUUUAUUGAAUGAGUGGUGCUUUUUGAGCUCUGGAAGAACUUUUCUGCCGAGUUACGGUGAUUUGGGAGGAAGAACACGUGCAGCAGGUGGAAAAUUAUGGAACCACAGCAGAUUUUACAAUGUAGGCGGCAGUGCUGGGAAACUUUGCGGAAGAACCUCCGGCAGGGAAGAAUUGGCAAGUGUCGAGAAUUUUGGAGGAAGAAUUCUAUCCCCCUUCUCUCGCUGGAAGUCUGCCAUGCAAAAUUCCAGUAUAUCCUCUGAUGUGCCGGAUGCAAGUCAGAAUCCACCUUCUGAUAAUGUAUCUACCGAAAUUGAGGUUGAGAAACCCGAAGAUCAAGAAUUUAUCCCACCCAAUGCAGACACUCCGACUACACCUCUUGUGCAGGCAAUUCGACACUCAUUGGAUGAAGAAGUCUCUCCGAUGUCGAAAGGUAGCUUCGAGGAAAUUCUUCCUGCGGAUCGUGAGAUCGAUCCCCUACGUGUGUUCGUAGGUGGUUUACCAUUUUCGGUGAAGGGAGAUGAGCUGAAAAAAGUUUUGCACAGUCGAUUCUCGGAACACGGUGUUGUACAAGACAUUCAGCUAUCACAUCACCGAGAUCAGAGCAGGAAAUCCCUUGAAGCGGGCAAACACAAGGGCUUUGCUUUUGUGACCAUGGGCACUCCGGAAGAAGCACAAGCAGUCAUUGCGAAGCUCAAUGGGGACGUCAUGUGGAGCAGAAGCAUCACGGUCAAUUAUGCGCUCAAGAGUCUGCAACCCGAUGCCUCCGCCCGGGAGCGGCAGAUAAAAAACGUCGAACGCCUUGCACGUCGCAAAGUCUUUGUUGGAAAUCUACACGAAGACACUUCUAUUGAAACACUGGAGCAAAAGUUCAGCCAGUUCGGAGCACUUACCAGAUCCAAGCUUAUCUACGACCUAGGUUCUGGGAGGUCACGUGGUUUUGGGUUCAUAACGUUUGAGGAUGAGGCUUCGGCAAUGAAGGCCAUAUUGGACCUUGACGGGUCAAUCUUGGACGGUUCUGUUAUAAGAGUCAAUAUCGCCAAGUACCCACAGACUGUGUGAGGCUUACUUCGUGAUAAUCUGUCUGGGGCAGCAGUACUCUUGAGAGCAGUAUCUAUAUCUCAAUUCCUUUGAGAGUGCGAUCCUUUCAACUGUAAAUCAAGUCCCUAGUCACAUCUCAGAAUCAUUUGUGGAAUCAGAUCCUGAACACGUGGAUCUAAGGUUUCUACUCCCAUCGAGAGUUUUUUCAUUCCAAGAAGGCUCUUGUUGAGAAAUCCGUAGGUCGUGACAAGCCCGACAUUAUUCUUCCUACGGUCACUACUUGCAAGAUGUCGAUAAUGUUCUCCUUUGAGCUUUGUCCGACACUCGCCAUUGUUCCAGGUUGAGAGGAACCGUCCAAACGAGUUCAAACUCCUCUUGAAAACAGCCCCAAAGUCAGACCGGAACUGGUGCUGGCAGCCCGUGCAACGAUUUUGAAGAGUUUCGAACAGGGGCUUAUAGGAAAAGUCGAAUGUUCCCAUUGUUACUUCUAAAGCUCCUAAAGAGAUGUGGGCUUGUUGACAGCCGGUGAGUCACACUGGAUUGUACGAUACAAGAAGCCUCACAAGUUAUUUUUAUUUUUGACGAUUCCUGGACUCUGCUACCAUGGUCCAACCGUGCACGGUAUAACUGUCUGCCGCGUGUUUUUCGGCCUGGAUCGUUGCGCGAUUGAAUCUGGUCGGUAGAAGUGUGCGCAUUCACGCGUGGAGAAUUCACGGAAGAAUCCAGCCCCCAGUAGAUGGCGGAGCGGGGAUCAUAGCAGGGUUUUCGGUGUUUGGAGCGACCUACUUUUUAAUAAUACACUGUGGACAAAGCAUGCAGCUCUUCAAUAUGCUGCCGGGUGCAUAAUUCUCGGCAAUCUGUCGUCUGUAAUGAAAUAAUUUACUUCUCUGUCGGGAUGAUCAAAGCAGAGACAUUCACUUCGAACUAGUUUGAAUG